GGCGCUGGCUGAGCACCCAAGGGUACGUAUUAGCACAGAGCAUAACAGAGGCAAGGUGCCUCACUACGAAUUCCCAUCUCAUUAUGCAACUCCAGUAUAAAAUACACCACAACAGGCAGUCACGCCACGCACCCACUGGGAGAGGAACUCAGAGGUAGACAGAGAGGCGCACCAGUUCGUCACCAGUACUCCUUGUACCCCAUCCAGGACCUCUUCAAAGCUCUUUACAGGGGCCGUCCUUUCCCUUUCACACACUUAUUUGGUCAGGGAAUUUAAGAGGAGGUAAGCUGUGGCAAGUGUCUUACAUUUCCUUGUCUGAUUUUCUUGCACCCUAACUUGUGUUUAGUCAUUUCUUGUUUUCUAAUCCUUAAAUUUUUGUUUUUGUAGAGAUGGAUUUCGUCCUGCCACACACUCUACCAGCCGGUGGUAUUCAAUGGGAAAAAGUUAUACCACCUCUUAUCCCUCGCUUGAAUGGGACCUAUGGACAAUAUAAUUGGGCUCCAAUAAUUUCAGAGACUGAUAAUACCAGCUCUGCAGAGGUAGGCUAUUCAUUGUUAAUUUUCACAGUUCAUGGAAUAGCUAGAAGAAGAAAAAAGUUGAUUAUUUUUAUCGUUUCUGAGUUGAAACCAGCUGAUAUCAAAGUCGACUCUGUGAAGAAGUUACCUCCUAGUACUAGUAUGCGCAUUUUCAACCACAUCUUAGCCUUCUACAGCCACAGCAGAUGCCUUUGACAGCUGUGACAGAAACAGAAUAUCUAUCUAUCUAGAUUGUUUAUUCAAUCAAAUAUACAUACAGUACAAUUUUAGACAAGAAAUUCCCCAUUUUUUGGAGAUCGAAAAGGAGUAGACUAUUUAGCUUAUUUGUACCUACCCUCAUUCCUUCUUAUUCAUUUACCCUUUACAUGUCUCUAGAAUCUUAGAAUUUCUGAUGUUGCCAAAAAGUAACCAAAGUAACCAUACCGAUAUACACGUAUGUACACACAUAUAUAUAUAUAUCUAUAUAGAUAUAUACCUAGAAUACUUCAAAUGUCUCAUUUGUACCAUACCCAUAUACAAUAUAGUAAAUGUGGCAAAACGAAAAUCACUUUUGAAAGUAGUUUUCGAGAUAGAAAGAUAGAUAAAUAGAGAUAGAUUUUCAAAACAUACAAAAGCGUUCAAUUGACUAUUAAUAGCUCACAUGCGUAGUUUUAUUUGUAGGCUGUUUGCUAUACAGGUAUUUGGUAUCUGUGAAAUAAAAUGCAGUUUGUAUUACUUCAAUAGGUGAACUGUGAUGACAGGGGGUUUACAGUUCAAGUUGAUGUAAAAGACUUCAGCCCACAGGACCUACUGGUGAAAGUGGUUGGAGACUUUGUGGAAGUGCAAGGAAAACAUGAGGAAAAAAAGGUUUGUCGUAUGGAAGAUUCACAUCAGCUGUUUUUGGUUUGCUUGCUUAUUUUGAACCAUUCAAGAGUCACGAUCUGUACUGUCCUCUAAACUUGUAUACAUGUUUUUGUAGAAGAAUGGUCCAGGAUUUACAACCAGGCAGUUUAAUCGCCGCUACCGAAUCCCUAAAGGUGUGGAUACCAUGGCUUUAGAGUCAGCGGUCUCCCCAGAUGGUGUUCUUAUCAUUGCUGCACCAAUGCUACAAGCAAGAAUCCUGAACUGAUGAUAAUGAUAUCUAUCUUCACUAUCAACAAAAACAAAUCCAAGAGGAACCUUCAACACCACUCUUUCACCUGCAGUCAUAGCAACAGUCUGUGUGCCAAAACAUUCAUUUGUUUUGUUACUGGCACUGUCACAUUAUUCCCUGCUCUCUGAGGUUUGUAUAUACCGCUCUGAUUGUAACUCUUCACUCUUACAUAAUGUUUCAAGGAACUAUUCUUGUAAAUAUUCUGCACGAUUGAUUCAAAGUUAUGCCUUUUUUUGUGCAACUUUUGUAAACUGCACUGUAUAAUGGUUGCGAUAAAUUAUGCACAUUGACAUGUCUCAGAUUUCUUGAAUGUGGAAAUCUUUUUCCUUCCAAAACAAGGUAUAAAUAAGCUUUAUUUCAUUGUAAAAUAUAAUAAAAAUUACAUAAUCAAGUUCAUUUUGCUAAUAGCAAAGUACUUUGUUGUUUGUCCAGAAUGUCAUUAAUCAGGUAGUCCACUUCCCUGAAAAAAAGGGAAGAACAGAAAAUCAUCAAUGUGGGCUUUGGUGUGUUGUUUUUGCAGCAUAUGAUGAUUCAAGUGCACUUUUUUUUUCACUGGAUUCCAAGAUAAUCACAUGUACAUUAAAAACUUUUACAUAACUGAUUACA